AUUGACAGAGGGUUUCUGAGCAUGAACUCAACCAUUCCUCCACUGACCGAAAUCACAACAAUGAAUGGAAAUGAACAGGACCCUCCUCCUUCAAAUUGUGGCAAAGAUCCUCUGAUGCUGACCUUGCUAAUCCUCGCCAUUGCCCUGGUCGGGGUGGCAGGAAACGCGGUUGUGCUCUGGCUCCUGGGCUUCCGCAUGCGCAGAAACACCUUCUCUGUCUACAUUCUCAACUUGGCAGCCGCUGACUUUCUCUUUCUCAGCUUCCUAAUUGUAGAAUGCCUGGAGAUACUCAUUGGCAUCUUGUAUAGCAUAUCAGUUAUCACCACUGUGUUGACUUUUGCCUACCUUGCAGGUCUGAGCAUACUGAGCGCCAUUAGCACUGAGCGCUGCCUGUCGGUCCUGCGGCCCAUCUGGUACCGCUGUCGCCGCCCCAGACACCUAUCUGCGAUCAUGUGUGCCCUGCUCUGGGCUCUGUCCCUGCUCCUGAGCAUCCUAGAAGGGAAGUACUGUGGCUUCCUGUUUAGGUGGGGUGACUAUGAUUGGUGUCGCAUGUUUGAUUUCAUCACUGCAGCGUGGCUGAUUGUUUUAUUUGUGGUUCUCUCUGGGUCCAGCCUGGCCCUGAUGGUGCGGAUCCUCUGCAGCUCCCACCGGAUGCCGCUGACCAGGCUGUAUGUGACUAUUGUGUUCACAGUGCUGGCCUUCCUCAUCUGUGGCCUGCCCUAUGGCAUCUACUGGUUCCUCUUAGUCUGGAAGGUUAGUGUGUUCCCUUGUUACUUUCAUUCGGUUUUAGUUGUCCUGUCCUGUGUUAACAGCAGCACGAACCCCAUCAUUUACUUCUUCGUGGGCUCCUCCAGGCAGCGGUGGUGGCGUAGGCAGAGGACCCUCAAGCUGGUUCUCCAGCAGGCUCUUCAGGACACCCCCGAGGUGGAUGAUAGUGAAGGAAGCUUUCCUCAGAGAUCCCUCGAGAUGUCUGGCAGCAGUCUGGUGUAG